CAGCAGAAAACACAGACUAGCAGUAAUCCAGCCCGUCGAGGUAUAAGACCACCGCAUCCUCUCUCUGUAACAUGGAUGAAAGCAACAUUGAAGCAUUUGAAAUCCCUUCUGUCACAACUCACAAUAUACCCUUAAAGCAAGAUGUCUUGGCAAGCCUAUGUUGACCAUCAUUUAAUCGGCAGCGGCAAGAUUACCCGCGCCGUCAUACUAGGACAGCGGGGUGGUGUUUGGGCACAUAGCAUUGGCUACGAAUUAUCGACACAGGAGCAGCGGACAGUGUCUGACGCCUAUAACGAUCGAGAUCAUGUUCUAAACUCAGGCUUAGAACUUGCUGGAAGGAAGUUCUUCACUCUUUCUACUAAUCCGCGCAGUAUUUAUCUUAAAGCGCGAGCUGAUGGGGCAAUUGUUGUGAAGACUACACAAGCUAUUAUCGUGGCAGAAUACGGCGCACCGGUUCAACACCUAGAGGCGGCUAAGGUUGUGGAAGAACUAGCGGAUUAUCUCAUUAGUGUUACUUAUUGAUGGGAGCUACUU